AUGUUAAAUAUACCGCGCCUUAUUCAAAGCAAAUUCAGGUUUCCACUGCACUCUGCCAACUCCACCAUAAUGAGUUAAUCGUCAUUCAUCAAAGAUAUUAUUAUUAAAGUAAGAUGACUGAGCAUAAAGCGCAAAAAUCUACCAGUCGUCAGAAAAAGUAUCAAGAAGUUGUUCAAUCUCGGAUAGCCAACAAAACUCCUGUGCAGUAUACUCGUCGAUUAAAAACUAACAAGCAUAAAAAGCUUAAGAAUAUUGGUGGAAACAAUACAAAUCUGAAAUCCUGCAAUCGUCCACCUGGACCGGAUGAAGAUGAUUAUGUUCCUGCAAGUUUUAAAGAAAUGCUGCUUAUGAAAGAGGGAAAAUGGAAAUCACCUCUUGAUCCGGCUGUUGGAGAUACAAAAGGCAUGAAAAAGAAAGAUGAUCCUGUUCCUGUGCUGAAACAAGGCAAAUACGAGUCGGAUGCUCAUUACCUGGGACGCGUUCACAAAGAAGUUGAAGACGAGUUGAACAGAGUGGAAUUUGCAAGAAAACAAAAAGCAGAGCUGAUUACUACUACGGAAGUGAAAAAGAGUAAGAAGAAAAAGAAAGCAGUGAGGCGUUUAAAUGAAAAACAGAAAUUGAAACGUGUAUAUGCUAUAGAAAAACGUCUAACAGGUUUCGAACACUUGAAAGAUGAAGUGAAAUUCAAUGAAGUGGUUACAGCACCACCUGUAAACUUGACAAAACCAAAAUUGGUUAUUGGAAAGAAAUGGAAUCAAGGACAUAAACUAGACAGACUAUUGGCAACGUGAAGCAAAUUGGUAACUUUCUGGUGUCGUAUCGUUGAAAUAAAUAAAAUUGUAAUAUACAUUCAAAAGUAAAAUCCUUCUAUUUUUAUUCCCCCGAUGUUGUGAUUCUGUUUAAUCUUGUUAGUAAAGUUUGAAAGUUAUAAGAAAUGCGUAAAAAUAAUCCCCAUUUGAACAAUAAUAAUAAUGGACUGACAGACUGACUGAUUGUUUUAAACGUAAAACCUUUUACAGAGAGG